UCGUGCAGUUUGUGUUUGUGCAUAAUAAUUUUUGCGGUCACGAAUUGGUUCUUUUGCGGAGUGUCUAAUUACUUUGAGAUUAAGAAUCAUCGAAGACUCAUUAGAAAUAUGAUUAAUCGUAUCCGACCCCGUCUUGUAACCUUCGAUGUGACUGGUACAUUGUUGAUGACCAAAUUUGAGGAAAACUACAUCAAGGUCGGCUCCCAGCACGGUUUACUUAUCGAGCCAAAAAAAUUGGCGCGAAGUUUCAAGAACAAUUACGAUCAGCUUAGCAAGGAGCACCCGAUAUACGGCAAGCACACCGGGUUGGGAUGGAAAAACUGGUGGAGAAUGAUCGUACAUAAUGUGUUUAAAGAGCAACAUGCCUCUGUGUCGACGGACACGUUGGAUAAGGUUGCUGACAGUCUCAUAAGCUGCUAUAGUACUAGAAAAUGUUGGUACAAAUAUCCUGGUACCGUUAAUCUACUUGACUCCUUGCAGAAGAAGAAUAUUGUUUUAGGAGUUAUCUCGAAUUUUGAUCAACGAUUGGAAUCAAUUCUCGAAGACAUUCGAAUUCGUCAGUAUUUUACCUUUGUUUUGACCUCGUAUGAUUUCGGAAAGGAGAAACCAAGCUUGUCAAUAUUUGAGGAAGCACUAAGAUUGACGCAACAUCAUUGUGAAGAAGAAAUAUUACCUCAAGAAGCGAUGCAUAUCGGCGACAGAGUAGAUAAUGAUUAUUUUGGAGCAAAAAGUGCCGGAUGGAAUGCUUUAUUAAUAAAGCAUGACAAUAAGCUUGAUGAGAGCAAAGUGCCAAGGAAAGAUGUUUUUGAAAAUUUGAAAGAACUUCAAGGACACUUUGAUAGUGUGCUUAGAACAAAUUGUAUGAUACAGUAA